ACAUCGUAAAUGUCAAAUUUGUCUCUAGUCGAGUAUUAUGUUCCUUGUUUAUAAUGAAAGAUAAGUGAUUUGAGUAUUUAUUGUUAUUGUAAAUAUGUCUAAUAAUAACAAUGUUCCUGAUAUAAAAUCAAAUUAUACUUUUCUGUCUAAAGAGGUUAUGACUCCAAAUAAAGAUUACCCUGGAAUAUCUAAGACCGUUUUCACUCAUAUAUCAAAUUUACAUGGUUUAUUAAACGACUGGACUAAUAUGAGGAAUAAAGGAACAAAACUAUGCAGAGGAAUAUUGGCGUUAAAACUUCAUGAAUGUACUGAUUCCUAUUAUCCACAUCAACUUAAACCGUUGAGUGAAGGACUUCUUGAAGCAUUGGAUUCAUUUAAAAAUAUUUUAGAAGACAUAGAAAAAAUAAAAAAUCAGUUACAAGCACUUGCCAAACUGCAAACAAGUCAACCAGUAAUCCUUACAUGGACUGCAAAAGAUAUAUACGAAAGUGUGGAAAGAAUAUUUAUAUCUUUACAAAAAGAAUAUAGACUGAAACAAAUAAUUACAGAGAAUGUUGCACAUUGUAGAGAUGAGAAGCUAAUUGAUAUCUAUGUUACUUCCUGGGAUCUGGAACCAUACUACGAAUCAAAUCCUUACUUAUUUGUUGAAGUUGGUUUAAUUAGUGUUACAUGAAUGUUUUUAUCUGAAAAUAAAUCUACUUAAUA